AGAAAACAAAAAAAGUGGAACCACAUCGCCAUGACAGGGAAGGAGGGAGUUGUGCUUUCAGACACUGAGAAUAAGCAGAAAUCAGCCUCACAAACCAGCGUGAACCACGGGGGGUCCCAGCAGCCGCCUCCAGUCUGGAAGAUGGCCCCCACGGUGCACCGGCGCACCGGCUUCGGGAUCCAGGAGCUGCUCGGCCUCAACAAGGAGCCGCCGGCGGCACCGAGGCGGCCGCUGGAGACUCUGCCGCACAGGGCGCACAUCCUGGCCGCCAGGUCGGCCCUCGGACACGGAGGUCUCGGGGUCGGUAUGGGUUUGCUGGGACCAGAGGGAAUACACUCGUUUUACAGCCAACCUGCCUUCCUGGAGGUGCUGUCAGAGGCGCAAAAUGUGCACCUGCAGCCGCUGCACAGAGCGGCGCACAUGGACUCACAGAGGGACGCGCAGCACUCCGCCAGCUCCGACUCUGAUGAUGUGAGUCUUUCGUCCGGCGAUCAAAAGUUCUCAAAAUCCUCCAUGAACCAGAGCAAGAAGAGAAAGAAAAGACGACACAGAACCAUUUUCACUUCCUAUCAGCUGGAGGAGCUGGAGAAAGCUUUUAAUGAAGCUCACUAUCCAGACGUAUACGCCCGAGAAAUGCUCUCCAUGAAGACCGAGCUACCAGAGGACAGAAUACAGGUGUGGUUUCAGAACCUUACCUUCAGUCCAGACCCAGGCGUUGAUCAGUAG